UGGGCUCAGAUGGUGGCAUGUGAGACCCCCCUCAGUUGGGGGUCUAUCCGUCAGGUGGUAGUCACCUCAGGGCUUUCUGCUAAUGCCUACUGCCUGGGAUAGGAAGACAUGGAAGGCUAGAGCAGCUGAAGCUCCUGGUAUCUCUCUCUAAACGUUUACAUUUAGCGUCCGACUCCAGCAGGUCCAGGGUUCCCUGAAGGAUGGACAGUAUCAGCACAAGAGAGUGAUGACAGAGCCACAGGUUUCUUUCUUGAUCACCAGGCAGGCAAAUGAGGUCCCCAGCAUGAGGUGGAGGGCAGAAGGUGAGUGAGAUCAUGGCAUUUGUUUCCCAGUCCUGCACGGUGGCCAGCUGAGGCUCCCUGAGGUCUACAUCGCUCCUCGCAUCUUCUAGCAAAUGACAAGCAUGUGCCCUGGAUUCCAUUGCACCUGUAGCACUGUGCAGUGGAAAGGACGGUUCUGAGGCUGCACGAUGGGAGUUGGAUGCUGGAGGAAUCCUCUGUUGCUGUUGGCUGCCCUGGUGCUGGUAGCCAGGCUGGGUCACUUUCAAAGGUGGGAAGGCUUCCAGGAGACGUCUACAAGCAUGAAAAACAUGAAUUCAACGCUCAAAUUCUUCAUUGAAACCUACAACAAUGCUAGCAAUGACACCUACUUAUUUCAAGUCGACAAGCUACUUCGAAGUCGGAUGCAGCUGACUACUGGAGUGGAAUAUAUGGUCACCGUGAAGAUUAGCCGGACCAAAUGCAAGAGAAAUGGCACAAGGAACCAUUCAUGCCCCAUUCAAAACAAAAAAAACCUGAAAAAGUUCUUCCUGGUGAUAACCACCUGUAAGCUGGCAGACAUGAGAAAUCCUCUGUGCCUGAGUGCUGGUGCAGGAGGACUGCUGUCCUGCCCAGACCUCAUCCCCAUGUCCUGCUGGGCUGCAGGCUCCAGGCGCUCCUGUUCCAGGUCCCAUGUGACUGGGCUGGGGGCACCCAAGAGUUUCAUUUGUGAUUUUCUGGUGUACACUGUGCCCUGGAUGAACUACUACCAACUCUGGAACAACUCCUGUCUGGAGGCUUGACUGUAUUGGUGUAAAGAUCUUUGAUGAAAACUUA